AUGGAUGACUACGAGAAUGAUUUAGACGCGGAGUCGUUGCAGGCACAAAUCGACAUGUCUUUGGCCCAUACACAGAGCCUGGUCUCUUCGUGGCUUAAGCCGAAGUAUGGCUCUGGAGGCUCCAGUAGUUCGCGAGUGAACCAGGAGAAGGAGCUCGAGGAGCUCAUGAAGAGACCUCCAAGGCUAGGAGUGGGCGCACCCAUACCCACUUCCACCGGGGUGGCAAGCCACGAAGCCAUGAAGUUAAAGGGCAAGCUGACGGGCAAGAAGCGCUCCAGGGAGGAAGAGGAUGUAAAGAUGGCUGAAGCAUCGGAUGAAGAGAGCGAGAGCAGAGCGCGAGCUAUACAAAAGAAAGCUAAGCCGGACCCAUUCGCGCCAAAAGCAAAAAAGCAAAAAGCCAACGCACCAGAGGUUGUACCAAUCCCCAAUAAGCCUGUGUCUAAGAAGGAGGCAAAUAAAUUAGACAGUCUGGAAGCACCCUCGAAAACAAAAAUGAAGGGUACAGUCGCGAAUGCGCCAUCUACAACAGCUUCCAAGAAGCAGGACAAGACAGCUCGGAAUAAACCAGACACACCGACAAACCAGGGGUCGAAGUCUGCAGACGAAGACGCUAUGGAAGUAGACAAGAUGCUUGUCUCGCCUACGUCUUCAUCGACUCCUCCACCUGGUGACAAGCCCGCCAGUAAACCCACCCCGCAAGGGAUUCCCGUAUUGAACCUCGAUGGUCCUCCGCCUGCAAUAGAUUCGUCACCAUCUAAAAAGAAGCGCAAGAGAAGCAAGAAAAAGAAAAAAGUUAGCCAGUCGAGGAACGCGUCGUCAUGAUUGCUAGCUGGGCAUGCUCCUUCAGCAUGCUUUCCUGCUGGACGGAGGUCCUGAUCGGCGCUAUCUUGGUUAACUACCGUGAGUACUGCC